CAGAGGGUAUUUCAAGUCUUAUCAAGACUGGCUAGACACAGUGACAUAGGAUUACCAGCGUCCGCGGGAGACAACAGCCCAACGUUACCGUAAACCAACACUAUGUCACAGACCCCGGAACGAGGACAAUGGACAGGGAAACUGGACUUCAUCCUGUCCUGCAUUGGAUUCUCAGUCGGACUCGGAAACAUAUGGAGAUUUCCUUACCUUUGUUACAGGAACGGAGGGGGCGCCUUCAUCAUACCAUACGUUAUUAUGUUGGUGAUCGCCGGAGUGCCACUCUACUUCCUGGAACUUAGUCUGGGCCAGUUCGCCAGCCAGGGUCCGGUCACCGUGUGGAACCUCUGCCCAAUCUUCUACGGUAUCGGCUGGGCCAUGAUCAUGAUCAGCGCCAUGGUAUGUACCUACUACAACGUCAUCAUCAUGUACUCCGUCUACUACAUGUUAGUGUCAUUCGUCAACCUUGACGACGAGUUACCAUGGCAAAAAUGUGGUAAAUCCUGGAACACAGAAAAGUGCCGAGACGAGCCCUACCCAGACAUGGACGGCAUGAACGAGACCAGCAAGGUCACAGCGAUGUUAGGUCUUAAGGACCAGUCAUGCUUGACGGAUUUAUUGACGGCGAUUAGUGGCAUGUAUAACCAAACAUACAGUACAUUAACCGACCUGAACUCGACCCAUCUCUCCGAACAUACGGUGGACUGUGAUAUCAAGUUCCAGACACCCAGCGCUGAGUACUGGAACCGCUAUGUACUACGGGUCCAUGAAUCGGACGGUAUGGAGGAUAUUGGCGGGGUCAGUCUUAAGAACGUCCUUUGUCUCCUAUUAUGCUGGAUCUUUAUCUUCUUCUGUCUAAUGAAGGGUGUCAAAUCUUCAGGCAAGGUGGUGUACUUCACGGCGCUGUUUCCAUACGUUGUUCUGGUCGUCCUGCUAAUUCGAGGUCUUACCCUGCCUGGGUAUGAGAAAGGUAUAAAAUUCUACAUAGUCCCUGAAUGGGAAAGGCUCAAAGACCCAAAGGUCUGGGGAGACGCCGCCACACAGAUUUUCUACUCUCUGGGAGUCGCUUUUGGAGGCAUUCUUACCAUGUCAAGUUAUAACAGAUUCAAAAACCACACUCUCAGAGACGCUUUGAUAAUUUCCUUCGUGAACUGCUCGACCAGUGUGUUUGGUGGAUUCGCUAUAUUCGCACUUCUCGGCUACAUGUCGCAUGUCACCAAUGUUCCCGUGGAGGAUGUGGCAGACAGUGGACCAGGCCUUGCCUUCAUCGCCUAUCCCGAGGGUAUUGCCAAACUACCAUCUCCUCCAAUAUUCGCCUUCCUGUUUUUCUUUAUGAUCUUUACACUCGGGUGUGAUAGCCAGUUUGCUAUGAUGGAGACCGUGAUCAGUGGAUUCUCGGAUGUCUUCCCCAACCAACUUCGUAAAAGGAAGACACUCUUCACUUUCUUCUGCUGCAUGAUAGGAUUUCUACUGGGGAUUCCACAAGCUACAAAGGGCGGUAUAUACAUCCUCACCUUGGUAGACUGGUAUUCCGGCAGCUACAACCUCAUGAUCAUCUGCUUCUGUGAGAUCGUGGCUGUGUGUUACAUCUACGGAGUCAACAAAUUCCGGGCUGACGUGGAGAUGAUGAUAGGUAAACAGAGCAUCAUAGUCUGGUCUUACUUCUACGCCACAUGGUGCUUCAUUACACCGGCCGCCAUAGCGUUCAUUGUCAUCAUGAUGGCUAUCAACUACUCACCAGCCUAUUUAGGGAACUACAACUACCCUGGAUUUGCUGAGGCCCUGGGUUGGUUCAUGGUGGUCACUCCCCUUCUACUCGUACUUGGAGGCGCAAUAGUUCAGUCCAUCAGGUCCGGCGGGGUAGGGAUCGCCCUGAGACCUGUAAGAGAAUGGGGUCCUGCGCUGGACGAGAACCGUAUACCACCCCGUUAUGCAUCUCUCAGCGAUCCUAGGCACGACGACAUUCAGUACAACUCGAAAGGAGGAACCGUUUUUGUCGUCAACAAAGGACAAGAUAACAAAUCUUACACAGGAGAGAAACUCUAAAUUAUCACGGAGGAUACAUAUUUUGGCAUUUCACUCGUGAAAUAUUUUGUUAUUCAACUCGUGAAAUAUUAUGGUAUUCCACUCGUGAAAUAUUUUGGUAUUCCACUCGUGAAAUACAUGUAUUAUGCUAUUCCAUUCGUGAAAUAUUAUGGAAUUCCACUCGUGAAAUAUUUUGGUAUUCCACUCGUGAAAUAUUUUGGUAUUCCACUCGUGAACUAUUAUGGUAUUAGUGAGGACACUGUUAGAUGACUUCUAUCUAGACCACAGUGAUAUCAUCUUUUGUUCAGUUGUAGACUAUUUUGUAUUAUAUGGGUUCAGGAUAAAGAAUCGGUGAUAUGUGGACAGACGAGUAACAAUAAUUAUUGAUAUUAAAUAUAAAAGUUUAACAUUAAACAUGUUUGCAAGAUAUUAUGCAGCAAAGAAUGUAGGAAUUUUAUCAUUUUUCAAAAUAUUUUCAUAUGUACUAUGAAUCUUUAAAAGGACUGUACUUCUAACUAGAGGAGAAUAUGGAGAUAUUAUGGAAAAGUUCGUGUAUGCUUACUUAUUCUGUAACUAAAGUAACAUUGUGAUUUUUUUUGACAAUGCUACAUGUGUGUAAAUACAUAUAAAACUGUACUGGAAAAUGAAUUUAACAAGUUUUUUUUUUUUAAUAGUUCUAAAGCCUAUAAUGAGCAUUUGUUCAUGCUUCUAAACAUGGAAGACAUGCUUCUAAACAUUCCCCCACAUCCAUGCUUCUAAACGCGCAUACUAUACAAAUGUCUUUGCUUAAGAUCAACCGUCAUGACAAUGAUAUAUAUCACAGGUAAUAAGAAAAUCAGAAAUGUUCAAACGCUUCUCAUUUGUGACAAAAUGAGCGAUUAAAUGUUUUGGGUUAUUGGAGCAGAUUGUUUAUUUGGUUUCUUGUAAAUAUCCAUAGAGAUAUCAACUUGUGUUCAUAUGAUAUAUCCUAAAUGUAGUGCACGUCUCGUUUAUCAUAUCAUAUAUACUGCAUAACAAACUAUACAACAUCUUAUUUCCUAUAAAUCUGAUAUUGAUGACAAUGUUUUCAUUGUUAUAUUUCAAAAAUAUGUAACUUCUGUUUGGCUUUUACAACAUUCUAUAUCCUCUUUGCGUUAAUCAUAGGUAGAUUCCGAGAAAUUUAUGUUCAUUUAUGGCAAAUUCGGGUACGUGGCAAAAAUAAGCAUGUGAAUAGUUUACUGAGAUGGUGCAGCUUUUUAGCCUUCAACAAAAAAAAUGGAACGCAUGCUGCAAACAAUCAAUUUUGUGACGACAUACAUAAAUGACGUCAUGCUAUGGUACAUUCUAUCAUGCUAUAGUCUCUACAGUGAAAUAUGUCUUCCGUCAAGCGCCCCUAUGUCGAGAAGUGUUUUAUGCUGCUCAAGUUAUGUAGUUAAUAUUGUACAACACUGAUAUUAAUGCCUUAUUUCUUGAAUUUGUUUAUUGAUUCAAUUUCAUGAGUAUUCGUGGUACAUGGUUAUAGCUAAAACAUUCAGUGAAUAGUCCUGAAAAGCAUGUUUUAUUUCAAUUUAUGUUAAUAUUUUAUUGAAUUUGCAUGUACAAUUCUAGAAAAUUAUCCGAAAUAUUUAAUUAACAUACAGUAUAUUCUCACAAUCUGAUCGCCAUGUUGAAUAUUGAUCAUAUCCACAUCUGAUACCGACAGAUACUUCAAUAAUAAAUGCUAUCAACCUGAUGGUUUUUCAUUGAUACUUCUUACUGAUAUACAUUAUUUGUAUGUUAAACUUGAAGACUUAAUUAGGGAUAAUUUUGUGUUUUUUAUAGCGCUUUUGUAUAUUACCGAUAUGUCUGUAAUCGGUAUCCAUGAUGUAUGUAAUAUAUCUACAUAGCCGGUACCCGCUUAUAUACAAACACUAGUAUAACGUGUAUAUAUAUAUAUAUAACAAAAAUUGAUCGGCUAAGCUGGAACUUAAGACAAAUGUUGUUGGUAUUUUAAGUGUAGACAAAAUUUAAAUUUAAAUCAACAAAACUGAUUUCAGAAUGAUUAUCAACAACUGACAAAAAUAAAAUGUAGGUUUGAUCAUGUUUCAUUAAAAAUUACAUAUUUUUAUUUCAAAGUACAUUACCGAUAUGUUAAGACAAUGGGGUACUGAACGUUCCACUCUUACUUAUAUAUUGUGGCAAAACGCUGUAUUAGGCAUGACGCGCAAUGAACUCAAAUUGUUAAUGGCUUCAGACAAUUACUUGUUAAAUAUUAAUUAAUAUACAAUCAAUGUUAAUGGCUUCAGACAAUUACUUGUUAAAUAUUAAUUAAUAUACAAUCAAUGCUAAUGGCUUCAGACAAUUACUUGUUAAAUAUUAAUUAAUAUACGAUCAAUGUUAAUGGCUUCAGACAAUUACUUGUUAAAUAUUAAUUAAUAUACAAUCAAUGUUAAUGGCUUCAAACAAUUACUUGUUAAAUAUUAAUUAAUAUACGAUCAAUGUUAAUGGCUUCAGACAAUUACUUGUUAAAUAUUAAUUAAUAUACAAUCAAUGCAAACUAUGGCUGAUGUAAUUAUAUAUUAUAACUUUUAUUUCAUUGUUUAAGUAUAACCCAUGUUUUAAAUAAAGAAUAUGAUUACGAUGUAUAUUUAAUAUUAAUAUAUCUUAAGAGAUAUUAUAUUUCAAAAUGUUUGAACUGUUAUAUAGAACAUUUAUCUUAAUAAAAUU